AUGACUAUCCUUGCAUGCUUGCGUUCUUUGGGAGGUGUUCAGACCUUUAACUCAAGUUCCCAGACUAUUCUUGGCCAGACCACUGUAGGAGUGACUCAGACCUCUAACCAAGUUGCCUACGACCGUAAUGAUUACAUCAACUACUGGAACAAUGUUCGCAACAAUGCCACCAAUGGUAACUCUGGUUGUGGAUGUUCA